UUGUUUAGUAAUUCUAUUGUAAAAUAACUAGCAGUACUAGUUGUGGUUUCAUACAAGAAGAAGGAAACAAAUGGGUCGCGGAAAGAUCGAGAUUAAGAGGAUUGAGAACCCUACCAACAGACAGGUUACUUACUCUAAACGAAGAAAUGGUAUUUUUAAGAAAGCACAAGAAAUCACAGUUCUCUGUGAUGCUAAGGUUUCUCUAAUCAUGUUUUCUAACACUGGCAAAUUUCAUGAGUUCGUUAGCCCUACCACAACGACCAAAAAUAUCUUUGAUCAAUACCAGAACACUCUUGGAAUUGACCUGUGGAGCACGCACUACGGGAGAAUGCAAGAGACCUACAAGAAACUGAAAGAUGUCAAUGAUAAGCUAAGGAAGCAGAUCAGGCAAAGGAUUGGUGAAGAUUUAGACGAUCUAAGCAUGGAUGAACUGAGCAGUCUUGAGCAAAAGGUGACCGCUGCAGCUGAUGCCGUCCGUGAAAGAAAGUACCAUGUGAUCAAAACUCAGACUGACACAUACAAGAAGAAGCUAAAAAGCUUGGAGGAAAGACAUGGAAACAUCCUGCUCAACUUUGAAGCAAAAUAUGAGGAUCCAAAUCUAAAUUACGGAUUAGUUGAUGAUGGAGAUUAUCAAUCAGCAACGGCACUAUCAAAUGGAGCACCUAACCUGUACGCUUUUCGCCUGUACAAUGCUAACUUCCCUCAAGGAGGAGGAGGAGGAGGAGGAGGAGGAUUUGGCCCCAACAAUCUCAGCCUUGGUUGAUUAUAUAUCAUAAGAAGUUGUAUUUAUAAUCUCUUCUUCAGGCGAUUAUAAUAAUCUCCAGGUUUGUUUUAAUUAGAUUGGGUUAUGAAAUAAUCAAGAACUGGAUUUCUAAUCUCAGCCCUUUUUAUGUAAUAUCCUAGUGUGCUAAUAAUCAUGACAGAACAUUCAGGCUUUUACUGCCUUAUUUAUUCUAUCACA